CAUGACAGUGAGGAAGCAGCUUCAACAACAAACCUACAGUAGCAUCACUCUUUGUUGAAUUGUGGGUGUAUUUUUGACAUAAAGCGAACCUAACUGCGAUAUUGUGGAUCUUUAACAUGUAUUCUCUUAAAACGUUGUGAGAUAUUGUAACUUAUUCUGCUCGGAUACGGCUGAUAAUAAUAAGGAUGGCGAAUGUGGAGGAGAAGCAGGGCAGAAAACAAAGUGAGGAAUUCACAGAUGAGUCUGAGUUAAAUGAAGAUGAAUGCGGUCUAACAACCCAGAGUUUGCAAAUACAACACCUUGAUGAGGAGGACAGCGAGGAGGAGCCCAAGCUGAAGUAUGAGAGGCUCUCCAAUGGGGUGACAGAAAUCCUCCAGAAGGAUGCAGCCAGCUGUAUGACCGUCCAUGACAAGUUUCUUGCCCUAGGUACUCAUUUUGGAAAGGUGUUCCUGCUGGACAUCCAAGGAAACGUAACUCAGAAGUUUGAAAUUAGUUCAGUGAAGAUCAACCAGAUCAGUCUGGAUGAGAGUGGAGAGCAUGUGGGCAUCUGCUCCGAGGAUGGGAAGGUUCAAGUGUUUGGUCUCUAUACAAGAGAGGGCUUCCACGAGAACUUUGACUGUCCCAUCAAAGUGGUGGCGUUACACCCUCAGUUCACCAGAUCAAACUACAAACAGUUUGUCACCGGGGGCAACAAGCUGCAACUGUAUGAAAGAAACUGGCUAAAUCGCUGGAAGACGUCUCUUCUACAUGAAGGCGAGGGCUCCAUCACUAACAUCCAGUGGAGAGGUAACCUCAUCGCCUGGGCCAACAAUGUGGGAGUUAAGAUCUACGAUAUCGGCACAAAGCAGCGGAUCACAAACGUGCUGCGGGACAACGUCAGCCUGAGGCCGGACAUGUACCCCUGCAGCCUGUGCUGGAAGGACAACUGCACUCUCAUUGUGGGCUGGGGCACUUCCAUCAAGAUUUGUGUUGUGAAAGAGCGAAAUCCCACUGAGAUGAGAGAUCUGCCCAGCCGCUAUGUGGAAAUAGUGUCUGCAUUUGAGACGGAGUUCUUCAUCAGUGGCCUGGCCCCGCUGGCUGAUCAGCUCGUCACCCUGUACUUCGUCAAGGAGAACUCUGAUCACAUGGACGAGGAGUUUCGUGCGCGUCCUCGUCUCGACAUCAUCCAGCCUCUCCCUGAGAGCUGCGAGGAGAUCUCUUCAGACGCGCUGACUGUGCGCAACUUCCAAGACAACGAGUGCAGAGACUACCGCCUCGAGCAUUCUGAGGGAGAGUCGCUCUUCUACAUCAUCAGUCCCAAAGACAUCGUCGUGGCCAAGGAGCGAGACCAGGACGACCACAUCGAUUGGCUGCUUGAAAAGAAGAAAUAUGAGGAGGCGCUGAUGGCUGCAGAGAUCAGCUUCAAAAACAUCAAGAGACACGACGUUCAGCAGAUUGGGAUGGGUUACAUCAAUCACUUAGUGGAGAAAGGAGACUAUGACAGCGCUGCGAGGAAGUGCCAAAAGGUUCUUGGAAAAAACAUGGAACUAUGGGAAAAUGAAGUGUACAGGUUCAAAACCAUCGGACAGCUGAAGGCCAUCAGUCAGUAUUUGCCCCGAGGAGAUCUGCGUCUCAGACCGGCCAUCUAUGAAAUGAUCUUGCAUGAAUUUCUCAAAACCGACUAUGAGGGUUUUGCCACACUGAUCCGGGAGUGGCCUGGAGAGCUUUAUAACAACAUGGCCAUUGUUCAGGCUGUCACCGAUCACCUGAAGAGGGACCCCACCAACAGAACCCUGCUCACCACGUUAGCUGAACUCUACACGUACGAUCAGCGGUACGACAGAGCCUUAGAAAUCUACCUGAGACUGAGGCACAAAGACGUCUACCAGCUGAUCCACAAACACAACCUUUUCUCCUCCAUAGAGGACAAGAUCGUACUCCUCAUGGAUUUUGACAAAGAGAAAGCUGUUGACAUGCUUCUGGACAACGAGGACAAGUUAUCGACAGACAGAGUGGUGGAAGAGCUGGCAGACAGGCCUGAGCUUCUGCAUGUGUACCUCCAUAAACUGUUCAAGCGGGACCAUCACAAAGGCCAGAAAUACCACGAGAGACAGAUUGGCCUGUAUGCCGAAUAUGACCGUCCAAAUCUCUUACCGUUCCUGAGGGAUAGCACACACUGCCCGCUUGAAAAGGCUCUGGAGGUUUGUCAGCAGAGGAACUUUGUAGAGGAGACUGUCUUCCUGCUCAGCCGGAUGGGAAACUGCAGACGAGCUCUGCAGAUGAUCAUGGAGGAGCUGGAGGACGUAGACAAGGCCAUAGAGUUCGCCAAAGAGCAGGACGACGCAGAGCUCUGGGAGGAUCUCAUCUCUUACUCCAUUGACAAACCACCGUUCAUCACCGGCCUCCUUAAUAACAUCGGUACUCAUGUGGAUCCCAUCCUGCUCAUCCAUCGCAUUAAGGAGGGCAUGGAGAUCCCAAACCUGCGAGAUUCACUAGUAAAGAUCCUCCAGGACUACAAUCUACAGAUUCUUCUGAGAGAAGGAUGUAAGAAGAUCCUGGUGGCCGACUCCCUCUCGCUGCUCCAGAAGAUGCACCGAACGCAGAUGAGAGGAGUCCGGCUCGACGAGGAGAACAUUUGCGAAUCGUGUCAUGCUACAAUAUUACCGUCAGACAUGGCCAAGCCCUUCAGCGUGGUGGUGUUUCACUGCAGACACAUGUUUCACAAGGAAUGUUUACCGUCUUCAGGAUCAAUUCCUGGGGUGCAGUUUUGUAACAUCUGCAGUGCGAAGAAGCGCGGGCCAGGAAGUGGAAUCCUGGAGAUGAAGAAGUAAACGGGGAUUUAUGCACUCACAAUGUUAUUAUUGAUGCUUUUACCUUCCCCCCGUUGCUUUCCAUCUACUGUCAGUGCAUUGAUCAAUGGAUAUUACCUUCCCACUACUCACUGAACUGUACACUUGCAAAAAUGCAAAACUUAUAUAUUGGAUUGUCUCUGUAUAUUUACAUCUAACAACUAUAAAGUGCUUUACUUGUUCUGCUUGCCACUAAUGUGAUUUGGCGAUGAAAUAUCUGCAACGUCUGAAAAAUAAAAUCACAUAAAAUGUG